GGGUAACUUCCGCCUUGCCUUCCUUUUUUCGAACAAUUUAGAAUACAGCUGUCACGAAAAAUGAGCUCUGUACUGCGUGUUGGACUGGUGCUAACUAGUGUAUACAUUUAUUGUUGGACAUUAUCCAGUUGCAGAAGGCGCACCUGUAGAAGGAAUGAUACAAAAGCGAGCACAUUACUGCAUCCAGUGGCCGGCUUUAGCAGAGAGUCCAUUUGCCCAUCAGCGUGAUUGGCUCAUUCGUUUUGCCGAAUGGUUAUCAGAUGGAAGCAUUAUAGCUAUUUUCAGGGUUAACUCUUUUAACCAAGAGAAAUUGGUUAUAGAAAAGACAUCUAAUAAUAUGGAUAAUAUCAGAGAAAUCCUGCUUUCUAUAAAACCUGUUGGGAUUGGUCGUGAGAUUUCAGCGGAGCAACUGAAUGCAAAUCUCUUAGAAUGUUUUCCAAAAGCUAAUGCUCAUCGCCAUACACCAGACAUGGCCGAAAUAUUUAUGAUGAUUGGACAAACUAAUUUGGAUAUAACGUAUGGUUUUCGAAACAUGGAGAUUAAGGGGUAUGUAAUUACGUUUGGGGAAGCAGAAGAUAUAGUGGAUUGGCUUCCCUUUGUUACAGAUGGCAACCAUAUCAUAUCGGCAUCAAAUUUAACAUUGCUACAUGGCAUUCUUGUCAAAGAUUCAAAUAAAAUAUGCAGAAUAUAUGAAUAUUUUCAAACCGGCAUACCACAGGGAUGUAGGGUUUGUACGGAUGUGUGUAAUGAUAGGCCAUCUAUCUACUGCAUCCGGAAAGCCAUUGCAGAAGAGUGCAAAUACCUUACGGACCUUUGGCAAAUAAUUGUAAGUACGACUACAUUGCCAAGUCCAAUAUCAACUGGAACUACGCCGAAUACGUCAACAAACACACAUCAUGAAAUUGACAGUUCGAGGGGCUCUGAUUCCGGGUUACGACCUUCAGCAACAGCUGGCAUAAGUGUCGGCAUUACGGUUAUCAUUAUUGCAGCUAUCGUAAUCGCCGUCACGAUGGUACGCCGAAGGAACACACGAUUACAAAGCGAAGAAACGGAAUCUUUAAAUCAAACAGACAAAGAGGAAUCUUUAUCGAACAACAACGUUGGAAACGGGACACAAGGACCUAUAUCACAUAAUUCAGAUAAUCGACCAACAUCAGGUUCUACUCCACCAACAUCUGGUUCUACUCAACCACCUUCGACGUCUACUUGCAUCAAUGUCGAUUCCAAUGGUGAAUUAAUGAUUGACGCUAAUGGAAAAUGUAUAAAUUACAUGCAGAAAGUUGCAGCAAUGCAUGCUUCCGAACGAGUCGAGGAUGUUCAUCCUGAUGACCGAAGGGUGCCAGCAGGAACUCAAGCUACAGAUUAACACAUAAUUGAAGAAUUAUGUCUACCCCCAAUGAAUGGGGAAGACAUAUUAUUUUUGCCCGUCAGUCAGUCAGUCAGUCCGUCAGUCCAUUAGUCCGUCAGUUAGUCAGACCGUACGCCUCCGCUCAAUAACUUAAGGUGAAUAAACGGUUUCAACUUAAUAACAUUACAACGCUUGCACCAAAGAUCUUCAUUAUUGAUUUGCUACUUAGUCAUGACUAGUAGAUGACCCCUAUUGAUUUCGAGAUCUGUAGGUAAAUGGUCAAGGUCGCAGUGACCUAUAGGUGAAAACAGUUCCAGUAAUAACUAAAAAACACUUGAACCCAGGAUAUUCAUACAUUGUAUGCGAGUCGGUCAUGAUUAUUAGAUUAACCCCAUUGAAUUUGGGAUCAGUAGGUCAAAUUUUAAGGUCAAGGUUGCAGUGAUCUUGUGGUGAAAAACAACAGUUUACGUUGAAUAACUAAAGAAAGCUUGCUCCUAGGAACUUCAUACUUGGUAUCAUAGUUGAUCAUGACAAGUUGAUGACCCCUAUUUUGAGAUUAGUAGGUCAAAGGUUAAUGUCGCGGUGACCUUCAGGUGAAAGUACGCUUUCCGCUGAAUCACUAAAGAAUACUUGCACUUAGGAACUUCAUACGUAGUAUGCCAGUUCGUCAUGAUUUGUUGAUAAGCCAUGUUAAUUUAAGGAUCAGUAUGCCAAUGGUCAAGGUUGCAGUAACCUAGACGGGGAAAACAGUUUAAUUAAUGACCUAAACAUACUUGUACCCAGGAACUUCAUAUUUAGAAUGCCAGUUAGUUGUGAAGAGAAGAUGCCUCCUUUUUUAUUUUAGGAUUAGUAGGUCAAAGGACAAGCGCGGUGACCUUGAAUUGAAAAAAAAAGGUUUCCGCUGAAUAAUUGAAGAAUGCUUGCUCCUAGGACCUUCAUACUUGGUGUACCAGUUGGUCAUAAUUAGUUGAUGACUCGAUGUUUGAAUCAGUAGGUUAAAGGUCAAGUGCGCGGUAUAGGUCGCGGUGACCUUGAGAUGACAAAAAAGGUUUCCCGUUGAAUAACUAAAGAACGUUUGCAUCAAUAAACCUAAUACUUGAAAUGCCAGUUAAUCAUGACAAGUAGAUGACCACUUUUGAUUUAGGGAUCAGUAGGUCAAAGGUCAAGGUCGCAGUGACGUUGAUGUGAAAAUACGGUUUCCCGUUGAAUUACUAAAGAACGCUUGCACCAAGGAAUUUAAUACUUGGUAUGCCAGUUGUUCAUGUCUAGUUGAUGAACCCUAUUAAUUUUGGGAUUAGUAGGUCAAAGAUUAAGGGCGCAGUGAUCUGCAGGGGAGCACAGUUCCAAUAAUUACUAAAAUAACUUGCACCCAGGAUAUGCAUACAUAGUAUGCCAGUUGGUCAUGGCUAGUAGAUGCACCCCAUUGAAUUCCGGGCCAGUAGGUCAAAAGUAUAUGUUACCUUGAUGUUAAGUAACGGUUUCACCUAAAUUACUAUGAAACGAUUGGGCCCAGGACUUUCAUACUUAGUAUGGUAGUUGGUCAUGAUUAGUAAAUUACCCCUAUUGAUUUUAUGUCAAUAGGUCAAGAUCAAGGUAGCGAUUACAUUGAGGUGCAAAAACAGUUUGCGAUGACUAAUUAAAGAAUGCUUGCUACUAGGAACUUCAUACUAAGAUUGCUAGUUAAUCAUGAUUAGUUGAUGAGCAGAUUCUGGAAUCAGUAGGUCAAAGGUCAAGGCCUAAAUGACCUUAAGAUAAAAAGAAAGCUUGCACCAAGGACUUUAAUACUUGGCAUGACAGUCGAUCAUGACUAGUUGAUGAACCAUAUUGAUUUUGGGAUCAGUAGGUUGAAGGUCAAGAUCGCGGUGACUUUGAUGGGAAUUAACGGUUUCAGUUUAAGCGCUUUCACCCAGGAUCUUCAUUCUUGAUAUGCCAUUUGGUUAUGACUAGUAGAUGACCCCAUAUUGACUUUUAAAUCAGUAGGCAAUUGUUAAGGUUGCAAUCCUAGUGGGGAAGAAAUAUUAGAAAACACUUUCAUAUAGAAACUUUAUACUUGGUAAGCAAGUUGAUCGUGACGAGUAAAUUACCCCUAUUGAUGUUGAGAUUAAUAAGUCAAAGGUCAAGGUCGCGGUGACAUUAAGGCGAAAAAAAAAACGGUUUCCGCUGAGUAACUGAAAACGCACUUGCACCUAGGAGUUUCACACUUGAUAAUCUAGUAUGUCACGACAAGUAGAUAACUAAAAUUAGCAUAAGGAGCAGUAGGUCAAAGGUCAAUGUCGCGGUGACCUUGAGGUACUAAAGAAUGACUAAAGAAUGCUUGCACCUAGGAAUUUGGUAUUCCAGAUGGUCAUGACUAAUUGAUGACCCCUAUUUGUUUUGGGAUCAGCUGGUCAAAGGUCAAGGUCGCGGUUAAUGUUGCAGUGACCGUGCCGAGGUGUAAAAAACGGUUUCCACUAAAUAACUUAAUAAUUCUUGCACUCAUGUAUUGAAUACUAGGUAUGCCAGUUGGUCGUGACAGGUAGAUGGCCACUAUUGAUUUUUAGUCCAGUAGGUUAAAGGUCUCUGUGACCUUGAUGUAAAAUAAAGAUUUCCGCUGAAUAACUAUAAAGCGAUUGGGUCAUGGGCGUUCAUACUUAGUUUGUAGUUGGUAUUGAUUGGUAGAUGACCCCAAUUGAUUUUUUAUGUCAGUAGAUCAAGGUCACAAUGACCUUCAGGUGAAAAAAAACAUUUUUGUUGGCCCAUACGUUGCACUUCUUUCCGCUCAAUAACUGGAAAAAAGGAACUUCAUCCUUGGACCAAGAUACUUCAUACUUGGUAUGCAGGUCAUGACCAGUAAAGAUCACUAUGUUUGUUUGUCUCCAGUCAAGAAGUACACUUUUCAUGUCCAUCAUUGAUUAUUUCUCACCUACGACCAGACAAUGGGGGAGAUAAACGCUUUUUCAAAACAGCGAUCUCUUGUUAUUGUCUCAGUUUUAACAUUUUGUUGAUGUGUAAUGAUUUAAUUCUUAAUUUUGGAUAGAUAUUCGGAGCUAGCAUUAACUUUUUAAAUAUUUCAAAAUUAAUGAAAAUAGUUUUCACAAAAUGUUAUACAAGAAAUGAAUACAAUCUUUGUUCAAAAUGACAAAAUGUUUAGUCAGGAGAAAGUGGGAACAUGAGAAAAAAGCGUGUGCAGAUUCGAUGUCAUUCGUUAUGAAUGACGUCACUGAUUUACAAAUACAAGACUGAGGAACAUAUCGUAUGAGAUAUAUUUUGAGUGCUGUACACGUGCGGUGAAUUGUUUUGAAUUUUGCUUAUACACAUUUUAAAAAUAAUACUUAAACAUAUUAUAUUAUGGGUUUUUUCCAAUCUUUUUAUAUAAAACAAAUAUUUUUACUGCAAAUCUUUCAAAACUGCUCUAAAAAUUGAUCAGAAGCAAAUAAGUUUGAAAAUCCCUCACACAUAACAACAACAAAACACAUUGGAAAUAGCACAAGGAUAAAAUAUUACGCCCAUCAGUAUCCAUUUACAAUUGAUUCCAACAUUUGAUUGUUUAUAUUGAUUUUACUCAUACAUUUAUGUAAAUAUCACAUUCAUCUGCUUUUUGGUUGUGUGUUUAACGAGUUGAUUGUUUAUAUUGAUUUUAUUCAUAUAUUUAUGCAAAUUUCACAUUUAUCUGUUUUUACAAUUUGAUUAUAUUGAUUAUACUCAUAUUUUUUGUUGUUCUAAAUAUCGCUUUAAUCUUUGUUGUUGUUUGUUUACGAUUUGAUUGUGUUAUAUUGAUUAUACUCAUAGUUGUAUGUGAAUAUCGAUUUGAUCUUUGUUUUCGUUGUGUUUACAAUUUGAUUAUUUAUAUUGAUUACUAAAAUAGACUUGAUAUCUCUUUGAUCUUUGUUGCGGUUGUGGUUUAACGAUUGCUUAAUAUAAUAAUUAUGCCUCCCUUCGAUGAAGAGGGGUAUAUUGCUUUGCACAAGUCGGUCGGUCGGUCGGUCGGUCGGUCGGUCAAUCGGUAGACCAAAGCUUGUCCGUGUGAUAACCCAACAGUUUCUAGACGUGUGAUCUACAAACUUGACAUGAAAGUUGCGUUUGACCAGUUUGACCCCUAUUGAUUUUAGGGCUUAUCAGGUCAAAGGUCAAAGUCACAGUGACUUUUAAUGGUAAAAUAAUUUUAAAGCUUAUCCGAGUGAUAACUCAACAAUGCCUAGACCUAUGAUCAUCAAACUUGAUAUGGAAGUUCGACCUGACCAGUAGAUGACCAUUAUUAUUUUUGGGGGUCAUCGGGCCAAAGGUCAAGGUCACCGUGACCUUGAAUGGUAAAAGGUUUUCCGAGUGAUAACUCAACAAUGCCUGCACCCAUGGCCCUCAUACUUGACUUGGAGGUUGGGCCUGACCAGUAGAUGGCCCCUAUAGUUUUUGGGGGUCAUCGCACCAAAGGUCAAGGUCACAGUGAUCUUGAAUACUAAGGUUGUCCGAGUGAUAACUCGACAAUGCCUGCACCCAUGGCCCUCAAACUUGACUUGGAGGUUGGGCCUGACCAGUAGAUGACGUCUAUUGUUUUUGGUGGUCAUCGGGCCAAAGGUCAAGGUCACAGUGACAUUGAAUUAUUUAAGGUUGUCCGAGUGAUAACUCAACAAUGCCUGCACCCAUGGCCCUCAAACUUGACUUGGAGGUUGGGCCUGACCAGUAGAUGACCUCUAUUGAUUUUAGGGGUCAACGGUCAAGGUCACAGUGAUCUUGAAAGCAAACUCGACAAUUCCUGGACCUAUGUUCAUCAAACUUGACAUGAAGGUUGGGCCUGACCAGUAGAUGACCCCUCUUGACUUUGGGGGUCAUCGGGCCAAGGUCAAGGUCACAGUAACCUUUAACACAAAAAAGUUAACAAAUCUUCACCCAGUGAUAUCUCAACAAUGCCAGAACCUAUGAUCAUCAAUCUUGACUUGGAGGCUGGGCCUGGGCAGUAGAUGACCCUUAUUGAUUUUAGGAGUCAUCCGGUCAAAGGUCAAGUUCACAGUUACCUUGCGAAAAUGUUUCGAGUGAUAACACGACAAUGCCUGCACCCAAGGCCCUCAAACUUGACUUGGAGUUGCGUCUGACCUGUAGAUGACGCCUUAUGAUUUUAGGGAUCAUCGAGUCAUAACACACUCUAUCCUCACACUUUGAAUGGUCAUAAUCUUAAAAUUGCCUCAACGGCAUCCAAUGUCAGUGACAAAUCAGCUGUCUUUUCGGUCCACGCAUAUUUUAUUCAAAUGUCCAUAUAAUCUUGACAACAUGGCGCUCAGAGGGGGGGGGGGGGGGAUUAAUAUUGACAAACAUCUCUUGUUACACUUUUUUUGCAUUUGCAGCAAUUUGGUAAUAUGGUUAUAGUUUAUUUUAUUUCCUCGUUUGUUUUUUCAUAUUAAAUACCGGUGUAGGUUCAAAUCAUGCAAAUAAAAAAGUAUAUGUUUUUACAAGUUUUUUUUGCAUCCUUUCAUUGAAUAUGUUUAUCAAAACCUUCGGUCUAGAUUACAAUGGAAACAUAUUCUACAGCCAAAAUUAUACUUGAGAUCAAUUCAUUGCCUUUUAACAAUUACUCAAGUAUAUUUUUUGCUCUAGAAUAGGAUCUCUUUGAAAUAUUGUCAAAAUACAAUGUAGUUCAAUACCACAUUCUAUGAGAAAAAAACGUUUACAAAAAGUAUGAAAACAUGAAAGAUUUUGAAUAAUACUAUGUUCUAAUGUGAUAAAAUGAGUUGAGAUUGAGAUUUGACUUGAGUAUUUUCGUGAUAUUGGGGCCUGCUCUUUAUUUCAACGUAGAACCGACUUAAACGACACAUUUUGCAUUUUUGGAAAGCUAUAGCAACUUGUUUGUUCAUUUUUCCCCCGGUAAAAUAAGCUUUUAUCUUUUCUGCACACAAACAAAUUCAGAUCAAAUCAAAAUAAUGUGAGGUAUUUGUGGGUCUGAUAUCUUAAAGACAAGUUAUUUUGUUAUUGAGACAGCCUGAUAUUUUCACUGUUGUUAUUCACUGAUAAGACUCCAUAUUUAAUCGAAAAGCCUGAAAGAAAUGAAAAAUUCGCAUUGAUCUUUGUUAUGGUUGUGGUAUUACGAUUGCUACAUAUGACCAUACUCGUUUUUGUUUGCAAUCGCAGCAAUUUUACACAUGGCAACAUUUUGUUUUCCGUUUCUUCGUCUGUGCUUUCAUAUUUAAAACAGGUCUUACUUCAAUCAUGCAAAUACAUAAAAAAAUGGCAUUAAGGAAUCCGACUCAAAAAUAAACUAGUUCCAUGAAAGAUCCACAUUCAAUACACAACUUUAGAUAAUCUAAUGGUAAUACAUUAUCUACUUCAUUCAUUUUAUUGGUCAUUAAUAACAAGUAAUCCGAUUAGCUACAUCGUUCUUAGAUAUUGUUAAGACUAAUAUUGAAUACCAGCCCAGAUGUCCCCAUAUUAUUCUGGCAUCAUUCGAAUGGUUCUAACUUAUUGAUUACUAAUAUGUAAAUUAAAUGACCGAAUGUACAUCAUACAUAAAAUUAUUUCAGUUUUUAUAUAUUCUCUUUAUUUCAACAUAGAUUGGACCCAAACGUCACAUUUUGCAAUUUUGGAAGGCUUAAACAACUUGUUUGUUAAAUUAUUUUCGGUAAAGUAAUACAUUUUCUUUUUAUCUGUACACAAAAAUCUUUCAAAUUUAAUAUACCAUAACAAUGUGAGAUCACAUAUUUGUGGGUCGGAUACCUUAAAGAGAAGUAAAAGAAUUAGCCUAUAAGCAGAAAGUAUUUGCAUUAUAUGUAAGGUGUCCGAGUUGAAGUAUAAGAACAUUAAACCGUGUCGUAUUGUAACACAUACAUAUCAUCAUAGUCUUGUUGAAUGUUGUUUGUAUAUUUCAUGAAAUAUGUUUAUAUUUAUUGACAAUGUACUAUGUACACGUCGGAAUAAAUAGAUCUGUCUGUCUGUCCAUAAAUUGUUUGUAAACGUAUGUUAUAAACCACAGCUUGUGAUGUAUUUAUGUGUCUGAUUGAAAUG